CUUGGAAGUGACUAAAUGGAAUCCCGGUGUUCCAGGAAGCUAACUAGUCAGUCCUUACCAUCUUCCCAUUUGCCAGUAAUGUCAGCUGGAGAUUUUUGUUUGUGCCUGUGAGCUGCCAUUAUGCCUCCUGUGUAUCAAGUCUCCCUUCCUUUCACCAAGUCUUUCGUCUUCCAUGUUUCUAUGCCAUUACUCGGCCCUUCAGGGUGUGUUUGAAAUGAGGCAACUCAACAGGAGCGGGUAAAGGAUGAAUUGACGAAUUGAGGAACUCGUCUUAACUGCCGGUAAGCUCACCCAGAAAAGGUGGGAAGGAAAUGAGAAAAAUUAGGCAAAUAAAGUGCUGGGACAAAAUUGUACAGCAAGCCGUAGCCCAAAAGACAAGUAAGCUAACGCAGUGUGAUCACCGCCUUACUCCAUAUUAUUCCCUGGACUUUGCAGCUUGCUGCCCAAGAAAUCCUCCCCCUAUAAAUAGAUUCCAUUGCUCCUGCUCGAGUUGUGAAGCCAGUAUGGCUCCUCCAACCAUUCUUCUUGGCCCACCAUUUAUUCAUAACCUGUGUGUUCAAGAUGAAAGCCCCCUUUCCCCAAUUGAUCAAGAGCCAACAUCCCCAAGAAGCCCUUGCAUGGACUUGUUUUUCUGUGACCUCUCGCUCCAAAACCUCCCCAUUCUACUAGAGAGUGCUUGGAGGCACAACCCCCUGACGACCCUUAAAAUCAUAUUCAACUUCGGAAACUCUAACAAACUAGCUUUUUUGCCUGCAAUUUUGUGGCUUCACCAGCAUCAUCACCUAACUCUUGCAUGCAAUAUUAGCAUAUUUUCGAGUUUAGAGCUUUUAGACUAUACGCUUGAGAUCUUAUGCAGAAUUCUGGACCCCUCUAAGGGUUCGGGAACAAUGGCAGAUAUCAAGAAUUCAGACAAGAUUCCAUGCACAAUACUGAAGAAACAAAGAGAUAUCAGCAGGGCUCGAUCAGCACUAGAGAAGUACGUACAUGAUGCGCAAUAUCGUUUCUUGCACAAUCAAAUUUCAAAUUUGUUCGCUGAUCUUCUUAGGGAUGAUCUACAGUUUUUGGCCUCGGGAAGAAUUGACGAGCUUAGCAUGGCUUCCAAAUUAUGUCCCUCUCUUGAUUCUGUUUGUGAUAAAUCGACCCUGAUAUGCGAGGGAAUUGCAAGAAAGCUAUUUCCGCCUGAAUCUGAUGAGGAGUAUAAGGAGAUUGACGAAACCCACUAUGCUUAUAGAGUCCGAAAUCGUUUACGUAAACAAGUCCUUGUUCCUCUCCGCAAAGCCCUCGAAGCUGGAGCAGACCGAGUAACAAUGCCAACAACAAAGAAAGAUUUAGGUAAAAAGUUGUUCAUGCUCUAUCAAAAGGACAAAAGGCUUUUGACUGGAGACAGUGAAGAAAGAUUAACAAUUUUGCUGGAUAUAUACACUAAGGGUAGAAGCAAGGUUGGCCCUCAUCAUAUUGUCGCUUGCUUGAAUGAUGAAAGUGUUCAAUAUGACGCCGUAGAGAUUCGAUGGCGCAAUAUAGUGGAAGCUUGUGCCAAGAAACAAGAAUGGAGAAACUGUUUGGCCAUUUACAAUGUGUCAGGAGGCACUAGAAAUGCAGCAAUGGAUUUUGCUCUCGGUAUAGGGUUGCUGAUCUCAGAAAUCAGUGACGAGCCUUGGAAGGGAAAAGUGCUCACAUUCGGCACUGACCCCAUAUUUUGCAGGAUUGAAGGAAGUGAUCUGAGAUCAAAGAUUGAGUUCAUGAGAAAAUUGAGGCAAUGUGAAAAUAUAAGGUUUUCCAAGGUUUUCGAUCAAGUUCUAGAAGCUGCAGUUGCUGGAAAUAUGAGUUUGGAUAGGAUGGUGAAGAAGAUAUGUGUUUUCACUGAUGUGGACUUUGAGAAGGCUGCAAAUAAUUUUUGGGCAACGUGGGCAAGCGUACGUAAGUAUCAGAGUCGAGGGUAUGAGAAAUUGCCGGAGAUUGUGUUUUGGGAUGUUAAAGAAUGCGUUAGUGUCCCACAGGUAAAGAAGUUUGAUGGUUUGGUUAUUGUUAAGGGAUUUUCUGAUAGUUGGGCAAAUGCAUGGCUGAGAAAAGGUGAGUUCGCAACGCCGGAGGAGAUGUUGAAGAUGGUUCCAACACCAGAGGAACUGAUGAGAUCCGCGCUUCGCAGAAAAGAACUCCAAAAUUUGAUUGUGUUCGAUUGACUUAUUGGCUUUUAUUUUUGGCAUUUCGCUUUGGGCUACUUAGAUCAUCUCUAAUGGUUUGAAAAUGUUUAUGAAGUCUAUCUGAAAUACUGAAAUAAUACCUGAAGAUUACAAAUUUUUACUUUACAUGUUU